AUGGCUGCCGGAGGAGCGGGAUGCGGGGACACGGUGGAGCAGUGCCGGGCCGAGGUGGAGCGCCUCACCCGGGAGCUGGCGGAGGCCAACCGCGAGAAGAUCCGGGCGGCGGAGUGCGGGCUGGUGGUCCUGGAGGAGAACCAGAGCCUGAAGCAGCAGUACGCAGAGCUGGAGGCCGAGCAGGAGGCACUGAGGCUGGAGCUGGAGCAGCUGCAGGAGGCCUUUGGCCAGGCCUAUUCCACCCAACGUAAGGUAGCAGCGGAUGGAGAGACCAACGAGGAGACGCUGCUGCAGGAGUCUGCCAACAAGGAGGCCUACUACAUGGGCCGCCUCCUGGAGCUCCAGUCUGAGCUGAAGCACAGUCGAGUCACCGCCUGCAACGCCCAGGCCGACAGCGAGCACCUGAGCACCGUGCUGCAGGAGCUCAGGGAGAGUAACGAGAUGUUGGAGCUGCAGCGGAGUCGGAUGCGGGAAGAGAUCAGAGAGUACAAGUUUCGGGAGUCACGGCUACUCCAGGAUUACUCCGAGCUGGAGGAGGAGAACAUCUCUCUGCAGAAACUGGUGUCAACGCUCAGACAGAAUCAGGUGGAGUACGAAGGUCUGAAGCAUGAGAUUAAGGUCCUGGAGGAGGAGACAGAGCACCUCAACAGCCAGUUACAGGACGCGCUGCGUUUGAAGGACAUCUCAGACGCCCAGCUGGAGGAGGCUCUGGAGUCUCUGAAGACUGAGCGCGAGCAGAAGAACCACCUGCGCAGAGAGCUGGUCCACCACCUCAGCAUGUGUGACGUGGCCUACACUGGCAGCGCACACCUAAUGUUCAGCUCUGCUCCACCGAGCGGCACCGCCACCCCGACUACUCUGCUCUCCCCAACAACAGAAGACCCAACAAGGUGCAACGGCCACCUCCAGGGCGGGGCAGGGACGGCUGCAGGGUCGGUGUCCAGGGCGAACGGAGAGUGCCGAGGGCCGAGCCGGAAAGCUGAGGGGGCAGCAUCAUCAGAUCUGUUUAGUGAGAUGAACCUGACCGAGAUUCAGAAGCUGAAGCAGCAGCUGAUGACGGUUGAACAUGAGAAGGUAGCAUUGAUGACCAGCCUGCAGGAGUCCAAGACUCAACUCCAGCACACACAGGGGGCCCUGACUGAGCAGCAUGAGAAGGCCCUGCGCCUUGGCAAGAAGGUCACUGCCCUCCGCCGCCUGCAUCGAAAGGUCAGCCAUGAGGCCCAUGGCAGUGCUACCUCGCAGCUCAACUCUGAAACCCUGAUGGAGCUGGACAGAGACGAGGAGGAGACUGAAGAGGAAGGAGAAACUGACGAGGAAAAGAAUGAGGAACGGAACAGAAGUCGAGUAUUUUCAUACCAAACUCCAGGUCUGGAGAUCCUGCAGUGCAAAUACCGUGUGGCUGUAACAGAGGUGGUGGAGCUCAAGGCAGAGUUGAAAGCCCUCAGAGAAAGGCUGGCUCACAGUGGGGAGGGAGCAUCAGAGGAGAAACCAAGGCGAAACAGUCAGUUCCAGAGGCUGGAGAGACACGUCGCCUCUUUGGAGAAGAGCUGCCGGGAGGGUCGGGAGAAGAUUUCUGCCCUGGAGUUGGAGUUGCAGACGGCUCAGCUAGCAGCCAGUGAGAGCCAGGGGGCGCUGAACGCAGCUCAGGACGAGCUGGUGACCCUGAGCGAGGAGCUUGCCCAGCUCUACCACCACGUCUGCCUGUGCAACAACGAGACGCCCAACCGUGUCAUGCUGGACUACUACAGACAAGGCAGGGGGCUCAGGGGCCUCAGCGCCAGUCUCAAAGCCAUGUCCUCGGACAACAGCAAAGUUCUCCUCACACCACGCCUAGCCAGGCGGCUGGCCGCUGUCUCUUCAACAACCUCAACUCCAGGGGAAUCACGGAGCCCGUCUGAGUCUCCAUCCAAAGAGCCCCUUUCUGGAGAGGCAGUAAGAGAGGAGAAGGAGGCAGACAGGGAGGGCCUUCAGGUGCCGUCUGAGCCAAGCCUGCCGCCCUGCACACCUCCUACCCGUUCACCCAGCAUCAGUGCCUCUUCAUCGUCCUCCUCCUCCUCAUCGCCUGCCCUGGAGCCUGCUGGUGAGCUGCGCAGGGAGCCCAUGAACAUCUACAACCUCAACGCCAUCAUCAGAGACCAGGUGAAGCACCUGCAGCGGGCAGUGGACAGGUCCCUGCAGCUGUCCAGACAGAGAGCUGCAGCCAGGGAACUGGCCCCACUGCUGGACAAGGACAAAGAGGGCUGCAUGGAGGAGAUCCUGAAGCUCAAGUCUUUACUCAGCACUAAGAGAGAGCAGAUAGCCACCCUCAGACUGGUGCUUAAGGCCAACAAACAGACGGCGGAGGUGGCUCUGGCCAAUCUGAAGAGUAAGUAUGAGGCAGAGAAAUCCAUGGUGACCGAAACCAUUAUGAAGCUGAGGAAUGAGCUGAAGGCCCUGAAGGAGGACGCUGCCACCUUCUCCUCUCUGCGAGCAAUGUUUGCCACCAGGUGUGACGAGUACGUGACCCAACUGGAUGAGAUGCAGAGGCAGCUGGCUGCAGCCGAGGAUGAGAAGAAGACUCUGAACUCGCUCCUGCGGAUGGCCAUCCAGCAGAAACUCGCCCUCACCCAGCGCCUGGAGGAUCUGGCCUUUGAUCAGGAGCAGUCCCAUCGUACCCGGGGGGGCAGGCUGACCCGCGGGAAGACCAGCACCCCCAAAGUAAGUCACCCGGCCUCGGCCUCGGCUUCGACAUCCAACCAAGCUCAAAGCUCCACUUCAGCUUUGGCCCCUGGCAGCCUCCCUUCUACCCUCACUAGUCCUACGUCGUUCCUCCUCGAUGACCCCUCUGCCCCUCUUUCUCCUUCUGUGGUCAGUGCGGCCGCUGCAGCUCUGGCCUCAGCCCUCACCUCCCCCACAUCGCACAUACCUGUCCGCAGUCCGUCGUCGCCAUCGGUCGCCUCACUGUCUGGCCUUUCGGUGCCAGAGAGCCCCCCUUCUCUGGAGGCCCCCUCUUCUCCCUCGACGCAGACCCACUCACAAUCAACCCCUCUGAGGCUGGCCAGCUCCCAGUGGACUCUGGGGGUUCGGACGUUUGUGGUUGACUCCCACAGUUUCAGUGUCAACCUCUCCCCUGCUCCGUCCCGUAGCUCAGACCUCCCCAGGCACUACACCUCAGACACUCACCCCUCCCCCCCGUCCACCGCCGCAAGGCUGGCUCCCCCAGGAUCAGCCCCCUCGUCCCCCUAUCGCUCUCCUGUUCUGGGGCUCAGGCGCUCCACGUGGAGCCCCUCUGCCCGAACUCGGCCCCUGUCCAGCAUGACACGCUCUUCUGUCCUUUACACUCCUUCCUCAUCCUCCCCUUACUCCUCCUCUUACUCGCCCUCUUCCUCCCACAGCUACUCCUCUGCCUACCACAGCUCCCCUUCUGCUUUUACCCCAUCUAGCUCCUACCUCACCUCUGGCUCCUCAUCCUCCUACAGCCACUCCUCCCACUACACACCCCUCUACCCCAGAUACUACAGCUCCUACCGGCCCCGGGAAUGA